AGCCGACUAUCUUAAUUUUACCGGGAAAACUCUUUCCCUUGGUCUUCUAAUUAUUAAUAACUAUUUUCGGAAAGUUUUAUAGAUAUGCUAAAAUCAUUUGACACAUCACAAACUUUUGUAAAAUUUGUUGAGAAAAAAUGUGCUGAAAUAUAUUUUCGGAAAGAAAAUUCCUUCACAAUAAUAUGCCUUCAUUGCGAGUUGAAAACCUUCGAUUUCGAAGAGUAUUUACAGCAUUUCAAAAGUACUCAUCUAACAUCAUGGUCUUCAUUCACAAGUACUUCCAGCACAGAAAUAACUGAAAUUAGAAUUGAAGAAGGCAACAGCAAUGAAUCCUCUCUAUGUAUGCCAGAUGUUUACAAAGAUUUUAGUGCUCUGAUUGAAAUGCAGGAGGUGCCGAUUGCCGAUACGGGCAGUUUAUUAGCAGACAAAGGGGAGAGUGAGGAUUUAUCGUUUGAUGUUUUGAAUGACGACAAUGAUUGGUUAAGUGAUCAACAAACAGAAAACAGUGAAGAAAAGCAAAGUGAUAACAAUCCCGAAUUUAUUCCUAGGAUUUUAAAAACAGCAACUCAGCAAAAUCAUACAACCAAUACGGAAUACAAAUGUGAAGAAUGCAAUAGAAUUUAUAAGUUUUGGAAAAAUUUGCAACGACAUAUAAAAAAAUACCAUAAGGAGGAGUCUAAGUUUCCUUGUAUACGGUGUAAACAGUACUUUCAUGAUGAACGGACGCUGAAUGAUCACCAACGAAAAAAGCAUGCCGGAUUCCCAUGUGGAGAAUGCGAUAAAGUCUAUUCAAGUAAAGAUUCGUUGCAAAUGCAUCAAUAUAAGCACACGGGUGUCCGGGGUUUCCAUUGCAGUAUAGCAGGUUGUGACAAGUCUUUUUUUAGCCCGAAACAAUUAUCUGUACACACACGCAUUGUUCAUCGGCUGGAGAAGAAUUUUGUUUGUGAAGUAUGUGGAUACCGUACCAAAGGUCAGCCUGCUCUUAUAGUACACAAACGUUCGCACACUGGUGAAAAGCCGUUUAUUUGUAAGCAAUGUGGCAAAGCCUUCGCUUCAAAGUCACUUCUUUGCGAGCAUGAGCCAACGCAUUCUACUGAGCGACCCCAUAUUUGCGACGUUUGUGGACGAGCGUUUUCACGUCCAAAAGCACUGUAUCAUCACAAACAUCUGCAUCUAGGUGUAAAAAAAUUCGUGUGUAAGCUCUGCGGUCGAGCUUAUGCACAAAUGGCUGGACUAGCGGGCCAUAUGCGUCAACAUAAGGCUGAAAAUUGUUUAAAAAUCCGAUCCGAACCGGAAAUGCUUAAAAUUCUUCCUACAUUACCGAAUUUUGGAAAUUACAAAAAUACGAAUUCAAAAUGUGCUGAAAUCCAUUAUCAGUCAUCAAUAUUUUCAAUUUUGUGUAUUAAGUGCGGCAUGGAAACGAUAUCAUAUGCUGAUUUUUGUGAACAUUCCAACAAACAUAUGUUAGAAUACAAUAACAAAUUAUCUGAAAGCGAAGAAAUUACCAUAAGUAAUGUAAGCAUCAAUGAGUCCUGUUUCAGAGGUAAACACGACCCACUUAAAAUUGAAGUGAACAAUCAAACAGAAGAUUCCGCAUUGGCUUUAAAUUUGCUGAAGGAUGAUAAAGAAGAAACGGAAAGACAUUAUAUAUACCACAAAAAGUAUAUCGUCGACUUUGAAAUAAAUGACAAAGAAGUCUUGGAAGAUCAUAUAAAAUUAGAAAAUUUUGAAGUAAACUUCAAUACACCUUCCGAAAACUUUGAUGUCGCACAACAAAUGAGUUUAGAUACUGAAAAUACAACGGAAUCUAAGGCCGGACGCUUAACGGACAAUAAUCAAGAAAUCGGUUUAUUGAAAAAAAGUACUAAACGUCCUUACAAAACGCGUAACACACCAAAUAUGUGUACAUAUUGUGGUAAAACGUUUCGACGACGCUUACAGCUUGAUACUCAUCUAAACAUACACACCGGUUCCAAACCACAUCAAUGUGAGAUUUGCGGACGCCAAUUUCGUGCGGAAACGACAUUAGCACGUCACCGUAGCACUCAUGAGCAGCGGGAAGUUUUCAAUUGCAAAUUUUGUGCAAACACCUUUACACGCCGCGCUGCUUUGCUAAGUCACGAGUUGAGGCACACGCAAAAAAGGCAUAUACCCUGCGAUGAGUGCGAAAAGUUAUUUUACACAAUCAAUCAAAUGGAUACACAUAAACGGAAAGUACAUAACAAAUCCGAUGACGCCUCCCUCCCUUAUAAAUGUAGUCUAUGCGUAAAACGCUACCGUAGUGCUUCAAUGCUAAGCACUCAUAAGUAUAAAAAGCACUAUAAAACUGCAAAAAUCAGUUGCGAACAAUGUGGCAAAAAGUUCAUAGACGAAGCUCAACUGGAUUCCCACAAAACAAUGAUGCACGCAAUAUUGAGGAUCACCAAUAAACCUUCAAUUAUCAGUUAAAUUUAUAAAUACAUUAGACUGUUAAGGGCAAUAUUUUUUUAGAAAAAUGUGUAAUCGUAUUAAACUAGUUGAAGUAUUGAAUUUUCCCUGAAUAUAGAUUUAUUAGGGUAAAAGGAUGAUUAAUUCGAUAAAACAUACAAUAAAUUGUUUAUGUGUACAU